AUGUUCUGGAAGUUUGACCUGCACACGAGCUCGCACCUGGACACGCUGCUGGAGCGGGAGGACCUGAGCCUGCCCGAGCUGCUGGACGAGGAGGACGUGCUGCAGGAGUGCAAGGUGGUCAACCGCAAGCUGCUGGACUUCCUGCUGCGGCCGCCGCACCUGCAGGCCAUGGUGGCCUGGGUCACCCAGGAGCCGCCGGCCAGCGGCGAGGAGCGGCUGCGCUACAAGUACCCCAGUGUGGCCUGCGAGAUCCUGACCUCGGAUGUGCCCCAAAUCAAUGACGCCCUGGGCGCCGACGAGUCCCUGCUGAACCGGCUCUACGGCUUCCUGCAGAGCAGCGGCUGCCUCAACCCGCUGCUGGCCAGCUUCUUCAGCAAGGUCAUGGGCAUCCUCAUCAACCGAAAGACGGACCAGCUCGUGUCCUUCCUGCGGAAGCAGGACGACUUCGUGGACCUGCUGCUGCAGCACAUCGGCACCUCGGCCAUCAUGGACCUGCUGCUGCGGCUCCUCACCUGCGUGGAGCGGCCCCAGCUGCGGCAGGAAGUGGUCAACUGGCUCAACGAGGAGAAGAUUGUCCAGCGGCUCAUCGCGCAGAUCCACCCGUCCAAGGAUGACAAUCAACAUUCCAACGCGUCGCAGUCCCUCUGCGACAUCAUCCGCCUGAGCCGGGAGCAGGUGAUCCAGGUCCAGGACAGCCCGGAGCCCGACCAGCUGCUGGCCACCCUGGAGAGGCAGGAGACGAUUGAGCAGCUCCUGAGCAACAUGCUGGAGGGGCAGCUGAACCCGUCCGUGCUCGUCAACGGGAUCCAGGUGCUGCUGACGCUGCUGGAGCCCCGGCGGCCACGGUCCGAGUCCGUGAUCGUGAACAACUUCUUCAGCAGCGUGGACGGGCAGCUGGAGCUGCUGGGCCAGGCCACGCUGGACAGCCCCGUGUCCAGCAUGGGCGCCCUGCACGCCCUGCGCCCGCGGCUCAGCCGUUUCCACCAGCUCCUGUUUGAGCCGCUGGAGCUGGAGCCCCUGCGCACGACUUGUGGGGUCCUGGCCCCGCCUCUGGGCAACACACGGCUGCACGUGGUCAAGCUGCUGGCCAGCGCCCUGAGCGCCAACGACGCGGCCCUGACCCAGGAGCUCCUGGCACUGGACGUGCCCAACACCAUGCUGGACCUCUUCUUCCACUAUGUGUUCAACAACUUCCUGCACACGCAAGUGGAGGCGUGCGUGAGCACCAUGCUGAGCGCCGGGCCCCCUGCCGACAGCAGCGUGGAGACGCCCGCCCCCAACCUCGGCGUGAAACACCUGCUGCAGCAGUGCCGCCUGGUGGAGCGCAUCCUGGCGUCCUGGGAGGAGAACGAGCGUGUGCAGUCCGCAGGCGGCCCGCGGAAAGGCUACAUGGGCCACCUGACGAGGAUGGCCAACGCGCUGGUGCAGAACGCCGAGAAGGGGCCCAACGCCGAGCAGCUGGGGCAGCUGCUGAAGGAGAUGCCGGCGGAGCAGCAGGAGCAGUGGGAGGCCUUCGUGUCGGGACCCCUGGCCGAGACCAACAAGAGGAACAUGGUGGACCUGGUGAACACACACCACCUGCACUCCUCCAGCGACGACGACGACGAGCGGCUCAAGGAGUUCACCUUCCCCGAGGAGGCCGUGCUGCAGCAGGCCUUCAUGGAUUUUCAGAUGCAGCGCAUGACCUCGGCCUUCAUUGACCACUUCGGCUUCAACGACGAGGAGUUCGGGGAGCAGGAGGAGAGUGUGAACGCGCCUUUCGACAAGACGGCCAACAUCACCUUCUCCCUCAACGCUGACGACGAGAACCCCAACACCAACCUGCUGGAGAUCUGCUACAAGGACCGCAUCCAGCAGUUUGAUGACGAGGAGGAGGAAGAGGAAGAGGGCCAGGGCUCUGGGGAGUCCGAUGGGGAGGACGGCGCCUGGCAGGGCAGCCCGCUGGCCAGGGAGGCCCGCCUGGGCCCGCCCCCAGGUGUGCGGAGCAGAGGCAGCACAGAUAGCGAGGACGAUGAGGAGGAAGAGGAGGAGGAGGACGGCGAGGAGGACGGCCAGGGGGCCCACGAUGGGGCCGGGCCCCCCUCUGACCCCCACCCUGGCCCCCAGCCUCCUAGCCCCAGCUGGGCAGCCGCCCCUGACCCAGUGCCUCCAGACACCCCAGCCGCCCCCCCAGACUCUGGGGAGAAGGAACCGCGCUCUGGGGCCCCUGCCCCUCAGGGGCCGGUCGCUGUGCCCCAGGACCUCCCCGCCCCGAGCCCAGCCGACCCCGCGGCCCCAGGCACUCUGCAGCUCAGGUCCCAAGACCCCGCCCCCCCCUCAGCACCUCAGGAAGCCUCCGAUGGCGGUGGCGGCCGAGUAGUGGAGCCCUCAGCCCCCUGCCAGGCCUUGGUCAGCAUCAAGGACCUCCAGGCCACCAUCCGAAGGACAAGCUCCACCCCCAGCUCCUUGGACAGUGCAACCAGAGACCCUGCUACCUCUGUCCCAGCCCUUGGGGCCCCCCAGCCCCCCCAGACCAUGGAGAAGGAGAAGAGCCCAGAGCCCAUGGGCUGCCUGGUUCCGGUGAUGGCGGCCAAACCCUCGUCCGCUGCGCGGAUCCUGCCCUGGCGGGGUCAGGGUGGGUCCCGUGAAGGCCUGUUGCCCCAUCAGCCCAUCCAGUCUCACCCCCACCCCGCUCUCCUCUGGACUCCCAGGAGCUGGCGCCAGGGAGACAGGCCCCACCCACCCCCAUUUGCACUGAGAAAAAAAAGAUGGAGUUUUAUCUCCUUGAAUAAAGAUAUAGAGUCGAGUAGAAAGCAAGGAGGAAAGAGCUAG